GAUGGAAAAAUGAAGUUCAUCAAGGAGCUUUUGUUAUCAACUCAGCUCCGCUACUUGAUGUUGCUACUGCACAAGUUUGUUGUCAAAGAGUCGAUACAGUCAAAAUUUGUUCGCUUCCUUACGGUUCACAAUUGCCAACUAGUUCAGAAUGUGGAGUUAUUCGUUGUGUAGAAGGUUGUAAUAAAUCAAAUGCGCCUCAUGAAUCAAACAAGCAUCAUGAACCACAUAAGCAGCAUGAACCACCCAAGAACUAUGAACCUAAUGAACCACACAAGCAUCACUAA